GUUAGUACGCGGUUUUUACAAGUGGUAAUAUGCGUUACCAAGGUAGUAGAUGAUUCUAUGUAAUAAGUGCAAAGAGGCUUGUAAAGGAGAGGUUCUAAAAGCUUCGGAACACUUCUUUCAUCAUUCUUGUUUUGUAUGUGAUGUAUGCGGUUGUCAGCUUGCUUCAGAGGGAUACUAUGAACACAACGGUUCAUACUUAUGUCGCACAGACUUUAAAAAGAGAGUUUCCAGGUUUUGUGACUUAUGUGGCCUAACUAUACAUGGGGAGACUGUUUCAGUGUUUGAAAAAUAUUUCCAUCGCCAUUGUUUUAUUUGUUCUACUUGCAAGGGUUCCUUUUCUCCCGGAGCACAAGUUACAUUAUGGAACCGGGAAUUCUAUUGCAUCGGUUGCUUUCCUAAACUUAAAGGAGUAGGGUUUACCAGUCAGUUUGGAAACUUAAAACAACGAGAAUGUCCCAAGAAAAAGAACGGGACAAUAGAUGCAAGCAUAAGAAAAGCCGUGCAAAACUCCACCUAUGAACACUCAACAAAGCUCCUCAGUCGCGUUCCCGCGCAUGAAGAUACCGCGAUCAACUUUGGCAAAGAGUUGACAGAACGACUGGCAGUGCAAUACAACGCCUGCCAGAAGCAUAUUUCAGAUGGCACCACCAAGUGUGAGCCCCUGGAUAACUUACAGCCCUCAGGACAGGAGAAGGCAAAGGCGAACACACUGGGAAUAAGUGAACAGCUACCCGGAGUAGAAAACAGUAAGACAGCGACAAAACCUGGUCUAGAAGACGAGGCUACAGAAGACGCAAAAUCACAAUUUCCAGUGAGACCAGACAAGGACACACCGAGUGCAAUGCGGCACUUAAAUUCCACGUCUUCGACAAAUUCUCUUUCCAAAAGACGCCGCAGAAAGCCCUACGAUCACACAGGAAUUCAAAGCGGACGAGUGGCAGAGUUGAUAAGGUUUAUGGAAGAAUUGUCAAACAAGCGAAACGCGUCUCCAAACAGUAUCGUUUCCGACAACGCAGAAACCCCAAGAAAGCACGCCAGACCAGUCUCAGCGAAAUCGAGUGAAAAAUUACAACCGGAAGCGAAGGGAGACCUAUGUGUUUCGAUGGUGAAUAAUAAAAGUUCUAGCAAAGCAAGUAGCGUAAACUCACAACUUGAUCGAAUUUCACAGGCCGCCGUGGAAGUCAAUUAUCUGACCGAACGACCGAAGCUAACUGCAGAGGAACCCAAGAAACACAGACGAGUAGCCGGACCUCAGCGGAACCGCAGUUUAAUGUCCAAACAUACCCCAAAUCAAAACGUGGAGCGGAGAUGGCUUGGUGGUAAAGCAACCAAAGAGACUCCCGUUCAAAGGGUGUGGCAUCCUGUGCGCCCAACACCAUCUUUACCGGCCCCAAAAGAGACAGCCUACAGGCCUACGCCAUUCGUCGAAGCGGGUUAUCUCCACCACACACAAGUGAAAGUGUCCUGUGCCAACUCGCAAACAUGCAAGAGCGAUGAUGUGAAACCAGAUUCUUCAGUCGCAGUGGAUUCAGUCGAGGAGACUUCGCCAGCAGCGCCGGAUGGAUUAGAGGAUGUUGUCAUGAAGGAUAAGUCCAAUGUGACAGUGCUGGUGAGGAAUAACUACGACGAAGAGAAAGUUGUUUCCAUCCCGACGGCCUCCCACUUAUCAUCUCACAAACAGCCAUCACACACAGACGAAAUAUCCUCGACGACAGACGCAAAUGAAAGGAUUGUCUCACAGAAAAGCCUAUCCAUCUCGAAUAUCCGCCAAAGGAAGAACCGCAGGAUUUCAUUGUAUCAGCGAUUCAGGGGACGUGUCUAUAUCCAAGGAAAAAACAUUUUACCAAGUGAGCUAUUUGCAUUGGUCUCCAGCAAGAGAAAACGAAAGCAAGCAAACGGACAGAAAUGUCUCGAUCCCACAAGAAAUGGUCUAAAAGCGGUUAGCUUGACAUUUGGUGGACUUGUCUGGCGCUUAACUUUGGCGAGUUUAUGCCUCAUGGUUAUGCUGGCCGUCUUGGUCUGGAUAGCUGAUCACAAGCCGUUGGCACCAAACGCGACGACGGACGAGGAUAGUGCAAUGUGUUCCCACCAAACACGGUCGUUGAACGCGGGCACACACAAGAUAUCAGCUACGGCGGUUCGUAGUUGAACACACAACAGAGGACGCCUUUUCAGAAGACAUGGAGGUCACGGACAAUCAACGGGCGCAUUCAUAUUUGUGAAUGUCAAUGUUUCUCACAGUGUGGAGAAGCAUAUCUUACGAAUACAAAGGCAACGGUGCUGUAAAUACCAAAACGGAUUGCAAAAUACAGGAAUUGUAUUCCCAUGGCAGAAAGCAGUAGUUUUUCGUACCGACAAUUCUGACAGUGAUCUCCACAGUCACCGUGACUUGAAUUAUAGAGUAAACAGGUCUGUAUGUGCAAUGAAAACAUCAAUCCUUUAUGU